GCCUCUCCGCCAGCUCCAGCGGCAGCUCCAGCGCCACCAUGGACCUCUCCUUCAUGGCUGCCCAGAUUCCCGUUAUGGGGGGAGCAUUUAUGGACUCACCCAAUGAGGACUAUAGUACGGAAUACUCCUUAUUUAACUCAUCUGCCAAUGUCCAUGCAGCUUCCUCGAUGCAGAACCAGCCGGAAGAGGCAUCCCGUUCUUCAAAUGAUGCCAUUUUGUUAUGGAUUGCAAUUAUAGCAACAAUUGGGAACAUUGUCGUUGUCGGAGUUGUGUAUGCAUUCACGUUCUGAGAGAGAAGCAAGAAGGCGGCAGA